CGCUGUCCUACAACUAUCACAGCAUUACAGCCAUACGUUUUGCACAUGGGUGAUUUAGAUAAUUAAAGUGCUAUAUUCAAAGACUGUUUGUACACGGAAAUCGGCGAAGCACUCCAAGAGAGCCGUGAGGACAGAUAAAGCAAGUCAGCAGGAUAUUUAUUAUUUAACAUCAACGCCUGCAUCAUGUUUGCUGGUACCAUCUGCUAUCAGAUUGUAUGAUCACCAGUUAGCCAGCAGACCAGAAUCCAUCACUUAGAAACAGACUGGACUGUCACGCAGAUCUGCAAAUGAGUUGGGAUUCCGUGUGUAGGUCUGUGCUCCUACAAAGCUUCACAACAACUGUAUGAAGGCUGAUUCCUCUUGAAGAGUGCUGAAGCCAUCGUCAUGCCCCUGUCAGACUUUCUGGACGGCCUGAAGGACAACCCCUACUUCGGGGCUGGAUUUGGACUGGUUGGGGUUGGGACAGCGUUGGCAGUGGCCAGAAAAGGUGCCCAGGUGGGGAUGAUCUUCUUCCGCAGGCACUACAUGAUCACUCUGGAGGUCCCCAGCAGGGACAAGAGCUACCACUGGCUGCUGAGCUGGAUCACCAAGCAUGCCAGGCACACUCAGCACCUCAGCGUGGAGACCUCCUACCUGGCACACGAGAGUGGACGGAUUCACACGCAGUUUGACUUCCACCCGAGUCCUGGGAACCACAUCAUCUGGUAUGGAAGGAAGUGGAUCAGGGUGGAAAGGACGAGAGAGAAGCAGAUGGUGGACCUGCACACUGGAACCCCCUGGGAGUCUGUCACUUUCACCGCUUUGGGCAGAGACAGACAGAUCUUCUUUAAUAUCUUACAAGAAGCCAGAGAGUUGGCCCUGAAGCAGGAAGAAGGAAGGACAGUAAUGUACACAGCUAUGGGCGCAGAGUGGAGGCCCUUUGGGUUUCCACGGCGACGCAGACCCCUCAGCUCGGUGGUACUGGAGGCCGGUGUGGCUGAAAGGAUCGUAGAUGACGUGAAGGACUUUAUUGGAAACCCAAAGUGGUACACAGAUAGGGGCAUUCCCUACAGGAGAGGAUAUCUGCUGUACGGUCCCCCAGGAUGUGGAAAGAGCAGCUUUAUCACGGCGCUGGCAGGUGAGCUGGGCUACAGUAUCUGUCUGAUGAGUCUGAGCGACCGAACGCUCUCAGAUGACCGUCUGAACCACCUUCUGAGUGUGGCGCCUCAGCAAAGCAUCAUUCUGCUGGAGGACGUAGAUGCAGCCUUUGUCAGCAGAGACCUGCUUCCCACUGAGAACCCUAUGGCCUACCAGGGAAUGGGAAGACUGACCUUCAGUGGACUGCUCAACUCUCUCGAUGGAGUUGCUUCAUCUGAGGCCAGAAUAGUUUUUAUGACCACCAACUUCAUAGACAGGUUAGACGCAGCACUCAUCCGACCCGGCCGUGUUGAUCUGAAGCAGUACAUCGGACACUGUACCGACUGGCAGCUCACCCAGAUGUUCCGGCGGUUCUACCCUGACGAACCUGCCUCUGAAGGAGAGCGGUUUGCAGAGCGUGCCUUAGCCACACAUUCUGAGAUAAGCGCUGCUCAGGUGCAGGGACACUUUCUGCUGCACAAAAUGGACCCUGUAGGAUCUAUAGACAAUGUUGCCCAAAUUAAAGGAUGAAAGGUCGGGAAGGGAUUUUGAGACUGAUUACUGAAUAUAAAAUAAAAAGAAAAGAGAAACAUGAGUAAAUUGUUGUCACUUUUCCACUUGAGGUUAUUUUAUUAGUAAGUUAGAUAUGCUUUGACACCAUAAACUAGGGCUGGACCCGAAUAUCCGAAUAUUCGUUUGCUACGGCACUAUCCGGAUAUUUAAUUUUGGUAUCCGAAUAUUCGCCCCCCCUUCCCGCCGUCAGAUGUCACCGGGCGGAAAGAAUAUGCAGCGUUACUGUCUUCCCUCCGCCUUCCGCCUACAUCGGCUCAUCUCGUCCUGUGAUCACAUAAACAUAUACACAUAUGUCUAUAACAUAUACACAUAUGUCGAUGUGAUCACCCCCUCCUCCCCCCAGAUGAAAAUAUUCGGAGCUCGUCUCUUCCCUGCACCUUCGGCCCAUUUUGACUCAUCCCGCCGUGUUCUUCGGCUCAUUUCGGCUCCUCCAUUCAUGUUUGUAAACACCACCCGAAUGGCUGGGUGGCUGCCGACUCUGAAGCCACGCUUCACUUCGUUGCAUAAACACAAGACAAGAUGCUGAAGACCGGUGUUUGGGAAUUCUUCAGUUUAACUAAAGACUAAACGAGGGCAAAAUGUGGACCCGGGAGACCAGACGAAUGGAUCCGACUAUUCGGGCCGUCUCCACCGCCGCUGCCGCGCCCCCGGUCAGAUGCUACGGGGCGGAACGAAUAUCCGGAUAUUCGUCUUUAAUAUGGCCCGAAUAUUCGGAGGCCAGAAACCACUAUUCGGGCCAGCCCUACCAUAAACCAGAGGGGGAAGAGCUAUUUGGAUCCUUUACUUAAGUAACAAGAAAAACCUUCAGAGAGCAAGGUACUCCGCUGAGGGUGCUCAGUCAUGGUAUGAUUUCCAAUGGAUGAAAUCUUUCAAAAAUUGCUGGUUCGUAGCGCUUGAUUUGUAGUAGGAUCACAAUCAUGUGAUCAUCAGCAGGCAGCUGACGUAGCGUUCGCUUGUCAUAGUUACAGUGACGCUGUGCCGCUAUCUCGCAAUGAAACAGAAAUCUUUACCAAAUCCGUGGAUCCAGACUAUAAGCGGCAUCACUGCCAAAAUCUAAUCACUUGAUCCUUGUGUCAUUUCUGAGCUUCCCUGAAAAGUUCAUCCAAAUUUGUUUGUCCGUUUUGAGUAAUGUUGCCGUGUCCAGCUCUCCUAGAGUAACUGCCUGCUCCUCCAUGCUCUUGAGACUGUUCUGGGAGACACAGCAAAUCUUUUGGCAAUGGCACGUAUUGAUGUGUCAUCCUGGAGGAGUUGGACUGUCUGUGCAACCUCUAUACGGUCCAGGUAUCGCCUCAUGCUACCAGACGUGACACUGACCAUAGCCAAAUGCAAAACUAGUGAAAAACAGAAGACAUGAGAAGGGAAAAUAUGUGAGUGGCCUUCACCUGUAAAAAACAUUCCUGUUUAGGGGGUUGUCUCAUUGUUACCCCUCUAGUGCACCUGUUGUUAAUUUAAUUAACCUCAAAGCAGCUGAAAGUAAUUAAAAACCGUCUCUGUUACUUACUGGACCAGAUCAGUAUCCAAGAACUGUAACUGACUUGAUUCAAUUAAAAACUGUUCCUUUCAUUUUUACGAGCAGUAUUGUAUGCUAUUAUGAUAAUAAUAGUGAAGCAUCAGUGUGACAGCAGCCUGUUACCUUCUUAGCUGCUGCAAAUGGAACUGAUUUGAACUACUUUGUUUUAUCUAGUUUUAUAUACAUGGAUGGCAAAUAAGUCUGAGGGUUUCAAACAUGAUUAAUAGGAGCAGAAAGAAGAAAAAAUAAAGUUCUGAAACAAA